AUUGAUUAAAUAUUAAAAUAAUGACCACAGUUAAUGCUCCAAAAAUAAGUGAAUAUAAAGAGGCAACUCGUAUUGAAAGAGUGGGUGCUCAAUCUCAUAUCAGAGGUCUAGGUUUAGAUGGUGAUCUUGAGCCAAGAAAUAUAUCCCAAGGAAUGGUUGGAUAGAAAAAAGCCAGAAAAGCUGCAGGUAUCAUCCUUAACACCAUUCGUGCUGGUAAAAUAGCAGGAAGAAGUAUUUUGAUUGCAGGGUAACCAGGUACAGGUAAGACAGCAAUUGCUAUGGGUGUUGCAAAAGCAUUAGGAAAUGAUAUUCCCUUUACAGCAAUGGCAGGAUCAGAAAUUUUCAGUCUUUAGAUGUCAAAGACUGAAUCUCUAACUUAAGCAUUUAGAAGAUCAAUUGGUGUGAGAAUUAAAGAAGAAACAGAAAUUGUGGAGGGAGAAGUUGUAGAAAUUGAAAUUGAUAAAUCGGCAACAUCAGGAGCUAAAACAGGAAAGAUCACUCUUAAAACUACAGAAAUGGAAACAGUUUAUGAUUUAGGAGCAAAGAUGAUAGAAUCAAUUACAAAAGAAAAGAUCUCAUCUGGAGAUGUUAUAACUAUUGAUAAAGUUUCUGGAAGAAUUAGUAAAUUAGGAAGAUCAUUCUCAAAGGCUUCUGAAUUUGAUGCUCUUGGACCAUAAACAAGACAUGUUUAAUGUCCAGAAGGAGAAAUUGAGAAAAGAAAGGAAGUAGUUCAUACAGUAACUUUGCAUGAAAUAGAUGUCAUAAAUUCGAGACAAAAAGGAUUCUUAGACUUAUUCUCAGGUGACACUGGAGAAAUAGAUUCAGAAAUAAGAGAUUAAAUAGAUUCGAAAGUUGCUGAAUGGAAGGAAGAAGGAAAGGCUGACAUUGUACCAGGAGUCUUGUUUAUUGAUGAAGUCCAUAUGUUAGAUAUUGAGUGUUUUUCAUUUCUUAACAGAGCCUUAGAAUCCGAUAAAGCACCCAUUGUCAUCUUGGCAACAAACAGAGGAAUUACAAAUAUUCGUGGAACUACUUAUAAAGGACCACAUGGUUUACCUAUCGAUUUGUUGGAUAGAUGCUUAAUUAUCUAGACUGAGCCAUACAAUGAAGCAGAAAUAAGGAGUAUUCUUGAAAUAAGAUGUGAAGAAGAAGAUGUUGAAAUGACUGAAGAGGCAAAAGAAGUAUUAACUAAAAUUGGAGUGGAUACAACUUUAAGAUAUGCUAUUUAAUUAAUUACAACUGCUAAUUUAGUUGCAUAGAAGAGAAAAUCAAAUGAAGUAGAUGUAGAAGAUGUUAGAAGGGUUUAUUCCAUGUUCAUUGAUCAUGUUAGAUCCACACAAUAUUUAAGAGAUCAUUAAGCAGAGUACAUGUUUGAUGAAUACUAAAAGUAACCUUAAAAGAUGUAAGUUGAAUGAUAUAUAAUGUUCACAUAAGUAUUUACAGAUAAUUAACUCGAAUUUA